AUCUAAAUACGGAAAUAUAUACGGAUUAAAAAGAAAAAGAAGAUCAACAAAUGUAAUUAAUUACACUAACAUAGUAGUAUGGGAUAACUUCUCUUAAUCACUAACGCUUUUUUUUUUCUUCUAGUUAUUUUUUGUCUUGUCUCUCACGUAUUCUCAAACAUCUUUGAACACCCAAAUUAAGUCAUUAGUAUAAAUAGUGAAUUAUAUUUACGUUCACCCAAAUCAACAAUGGCAAUCGGAAGCCGGGAAUUUCAGAAGUGGGGCGCCGCGACGGCGGUCAUGGCCGUCCUGGUGGUCUUCGUGGGCCCAUCCAUCAUCGGGCCGGAGAGCAUAGCGGGCUCUAAAAAUGUCCUGACCACGGCGAGGAUGAUCCCGCUUCCGGUGAAUGGGCCGGAGAGCAUGGACUGGGACCCACGAGGGGAAGGCCCGUACGUCGGCGCCACAGACGGCCACAUUCUCAAGUGGCGCGGUGAGGAUCUAGGUUGGGUCGAAUUCGCCCACUCUACUCCCCACAGAGGGAACUGUUCGAGGACUAAGGUGGAACCUGCGUGCGGGAGGCCAUUGGGGCUGAGCUUCGAGAAGAAAACCGGAGAUUUGUACUUCUGCGACGGUUACCUUGGAAUAAUGAAGGUGGGAGCCGACGGAGGACUGGCGGAGAAAGUGGUGGACGUGGUGGAAGGCCAGAAAAUCAUAGUAAUCCGAUACGACAAGAAGACGAAAGAGGGCAAAGUUGUAAUGGACCGUCUUCAUUUCCCGAACGGUCUUGCCCUUAGCAAAGACGGUUCGUUCGUGCUAUCCUGUGAGGUCCCAACCCAGCUCGUCCACCGAUAUUGGGUCAAGGGACCUAAGGCUGGGACCCGCAACAUAUUCGCGAAGCUCCCAGGCUACGCAGAUAACAUCAGGAGGACUGAGACUGGGGAUUUCUGGGUUGCCUUGCACUCCAAGAAAACUCCGUUCUCUAGGUUUUCGUUGAUGCAUCCAUGGAUUGGGAAGUUCUUCAUGAAGACUUUGAAAAUGGAGUUGUUGGUUUUCCUCUUUGAAGGAGGGAAACCUCACGCCGGUGCCGUGAAACUCUGCGGCGAGACCGGAGAGGUUUUGGAGAUUCUCGAGGACAGUGAAGGGAAGAACAUGAAGUUCAUAAGUGAGGUUCAAGAGAGAGAUGGUAAACUCUGGUUUGGGUCUGUGUUUCUUCCUUCCAUUUGGGUGCUCGAUCGUCGUUAGUGAUUUAUUUAUCAAAUUGCGUUGUUUUUUAACUCUUGAAAUAAAUAAGGAAAAUUCUA